AUGAACAGUGACAGAGGGCUCAUCCACACAGCUCCCAACAGGGUAUAUCCUUUACAAGUAGCCAGGCACCUGUCACUGCUGCAAGGAUUACAUGAACAACCACUUCUACUAUCAACUAACCUGGACAGCCAGCUCACUUGCCAAUUGGGAAAUGGAGGAAAUGGGGUGGAAAGGGCAAGGAGGACUCCUGUUCCAAAAAUUCUGGUGACUAAAUCUGAACAAACCAUCACAGAAAGCAUGAUUAUUUCCCCAUAUCUCUAUGAGAGUUACCCCAUGCCGGUCAUCCCACAACCAGAGAUCCUCAGCUCAGGAGCAUACAACCCCAUUACUGUGUGGACUACAACAGCUCCAUUCCACUCCCCACUGCCAAAUGACCUUUCACCUCUCUCUGGAUAUCCCUCAGCCUUGGGGCGAGUGAGUCCCCCUCCUCCAUCUGACACCUCAUCCAAGGACCACAGUGGCUCAGAAAGUCCGAUUAGUGAUGAAGAGGAAAGAAUACAAUCCAAGCUUUCAGACCCCCAUGCCACUGAAGCUGAAAAGUUUCAGUGCAAUUUAUGCAAUAAGACUUAUUCAACUUUUUCUGGGCUGGCCAAACAUAAGCAGCUGCAUUGCGAUGCUCAGUCUAGGAAAUCCUUCAGCUGUAAAUACUGUGACAAGGAAUACGUGAGCCUGGGUGCCCUUAAGAUGCACAUUCGGACCCACACUUUACCUUGUGUCUGCAAGAUCUGUGGCAAGGCAUUUUCUAGACCCUGGUUACUUCAAGGACAUAUUAGAACUCACACUGGGGAGAAGCCUUUUUCUUGCCCUCACUGCAACAGAGCCUUUGCAGACAGGUCAAAUCUGAGGGCCCAUCUGCAGACCCAUUCUGAUGUAAAGAAAUACCAGUGCAAAAACUGCUCCAAAACCUUCUCUCGAAUGUCUCUUCUGCACAAACAUGAGGAAUCAGGCUGCUGCGUAGCACACUGA